CGUACUGGAUAGCACGCAUGUUGACUGAUCUCAGAUCAGAUAUUAGCAGCAGUGCGGUAGGAAGGUCUGCAGGGAGGAGAUACAACUAAUCUGGCCGCAGGACAGACACCGUGAAGGCUUUUCUCAGUUUGAACAACAGCGCAGGACGAAGACAGUAUGUGGACACUGGCCUUUCACAUGGUUUUCAUCGGUUCAUACCUACAGGGAAUCGCAUGCUACCCAUCAUGCACUUUAUACGGCAUUGUGGCUAAUUGCGCCAUGCAGCACCACUACUGGGUUCCUGCUCUGCCUCCCAACAUCACAGACCUCUACCUGGAGAUGAACUACAUCGGUGAGAUCAACAGCAGCUCGCUCAGAAGCUAUGACCAGCUGCAACGAGUAGAUCUUGGAAGUCAGAAAGUGCUGCUUGUCAUAAGGAACAACGCUUUCCUCAGGCAGAGAAAACUGAUAAAGUUGGUCCUUGGCAACACCCAGCUUCAGCUGGAGCCAAGGGCUUUUGCAGGACUGUUUAACUUACAAAAUUUGUUUUUGGAUCAUUGCAAUUUGUCAGACUCUAUACUGGCAGAAAGCUAUCUGCAGCCACUUUUAUCCCUAGAAAAGCUUGAUCUCUCUGGUAAUAAAAUAGUGAGACUCCGACCAGGACUGUUCUUUUCAAAACUUACAAAGUUCACACAACUAAACCUCAAAUUGAAUCGUAUUGAAAGUUUAUGUGAAGAGGAUCUUGUCGGUUUCCAGGGGAAAUACUUCACACUCCUGAACUUGCAAUCCAAUUACGUUAGGUAUAGUGAUGAUUUUGACUGGGAAAGAUGUGGGAACCCUUUCAGAGGGAUGGCCUUUAAUACCCUUGACUUAUCCAGCAAUGGGUUCAGCGUGACCAUAGCAAGAAAUUUUUUUAAAGCAAUACAGGGUACCCCAAUUGCUCAUGUUAUAUUAUCUGGACACAUGGGUAAAGGCUUUUCAUUUAACAACCUUCCAGAUCCAGAUAAAAACACAUUUGAAGGCCUCAUGAAUAGUUCAGUUACCAUUUUAGAUCUGUCUAAAAACUAUAUAUUUACUUUGCAGAAGGCUUUUUUAAGUCCUCUAAAGGAUGCAAAAAUCGUUGACAUUUCCAUGAACAAAAUCAAUCAGAUAAACAGAAAUGCCUUUGAUGGUCUUCAAGGACAUUUACGAUUGCUCAACCUGUCAUCUAACCUCUUAGGAGAAAUAUAUUCUCACACAUUUACCAAUCUGACAGACCUUCGGGUGUUAGAUUUGUCAUACAACUACAUUGGGGCCUUGGGACAUGAAGCAUUCAGUGGUCUUCCUAAAUUACGAGCGUUAUAUCUGACGGGAAAUUCACUGCGAGUCCUAGGUUCUCCUGCACCAUUACCAAACUUAGAUUUUCUUCUCUUGGGCGACAAUAGGUUGACAUCUAUAUACAACAUAAAUAAAUUGGGUAAUAACAGUAUUUAUGUGGAUGUUGCAGACAAUAAACUAACAAAUUUGGAUGAUAUUUUUGUAAUUUUAACCCAAUUCAGGCAUCUCCAAACUUUCUUCUAUGGUGGCAACUUGAUCAAGUGGUGCAGUCAGAAUGUUACAGUACCUCACAAUAAUAGUUUGCGAGUGCUGGAUCUUCAUGACAGCUCCCUGCAUAUAAUCUGGGGGCGGGGGGAGUGCCUCAACCUUUUUGAUCAUCUAGAAAAUUUGCAGGGUCUAAAUUUAAGCUUAAACUCACUUGCGGCUCUCCCACGAGGGAUUUUUAAUGGUCUAGGCUCAAUCACAGAGAUCGACCUCUCAUCUAACGCCUUAACUUUUUUGCAGCCAGAUAUUUUCCCGGUCAGCCUGAAAAGACUCGACCUCUCUAACAACUUUUUAGCCGCUCCAGACCCAAGGACUUUUCAGUCCAUCAGCUUCCUUAGCCUGGCUGCAAAUCGGUUCCACUGUGAUUGCAAUCUGGAGAGCUUCCUGAAGUGGCUGAAAGUGACACAUGUAAACUUCUUCAGCCCGAUUGAUGAGUUCAGAUGUGAGUUUCCAGCUGCUCUCCAUAAACAUUCUCUACUGGAAUACUCCACAAACGUCAAACCAUGUGAGGACGUCCAAGACCUUAAGAUUGCGCUUUUCAUCCUCUCUGCUCUCCUCAUCAUUGCUUUCAUCCUCAGUGGGAUUGUUUACGCCCGUCUCCGAGGGCACAUAUUCAUUAUCUACAAAAAGAUCAUCAGUAGGGUUGUCAAUGGCCCAAAACCGACAACUUAUGUUGACGAAGUGCAGUAUGACGCCUUCCUCUGCUUUAGCAACAAUGACUAUGGGUGGGUAGAGGCUGCAUUGCUUAAGAAGCUGGAUAACCAGUUUUCAAAGGGGAACAUCCUCCACUGCUGUUUCGAGGCCAGAGACUUCCUGCCAGGUGAGGAUCACCUUUCCAACAUCAGAGAUUCCAUCUGGGGCAGCAGGAAGACUGUGUGCAUCGUCUCCAAAGAGUUCCUCAAAGAUGGUUGGUGCUUGGAGGCGUUCUCAUUGGCCCAGGGCCGGAUGCUGGAGGAGCCAACGAGCAUCCUGAUUAUGUUGGUGGUAGGGAAGGUGGCUCACUACCAGCUGAUGAAGCACCAUGCAAUCCGAGCUUUCAUCCAAAGGAGAAAGUACCUAAUUUGGCCGGAGGACCCUCAGGACCUAGAGUGGUUUUUUGAGAAGCUCGUCUCACAGAUACUCAAGGACACAAAGGUGAAAAAAUUUGCAGAGGACAAACCUGACGCUGCACAGUCUGACAUCCAAUCUCAGAACGAGGACAGUAUCCAGCUUGAGGCCAUCGCUGCUAUUGCCAUGUGAACUCUAACUGUGUGAUAACGUGUUGAUACCAAAAUCAUUCCAGCUGAAGUGUCACCAGUGAUCUUGCACUCCAGGCUCCUCAGCAGGAUGAGGAUGAUGUUCUCCUCUAAAAAGACCUUUCUGAAAAGGACUAUGGGUAUUAUUAAUCUUCCAAGGGAGUAAUAGCAAAGUCUCUUCAAAAAGUCCUUCAUGUUUAAGUUUUAGAACCAGACUUAGAAGCUGUCUGGUCCUGAACACUUUCAUUUCCGUGUAUGGAGGUGAUCUGUUGCACAAUAUCAAAUCAAUUUAUAAUUCCUUUCUCUAUAUUUUCAGUAUUUUAUCUUUUGUCAUUGUCAGCAUUUACUGUACUCCAUGACUCACUGACAUGUGAUCAUAAAGAAAUUAGUAUGUCAUUUGUUAAUGCUGUGUUGUUGAAAUUAACAAUAUGUAACACUGAGUAAGUGAAAUAUGUUUGAUUCAUCAAGCGUAAUAACAAUAUGUUGGGAUUCACAGGACCACAGAUGAUUUAUCAUUUGGUAAAAUCAUCACUGGGCAUUUAAGGCUU